AUGUUCAGCAGCCCCACCAGCACCAUGAUGGAAGAACUCCAAAAGUGGCAGUCUGGUUUCAGCCCGGAGAAUUCCCCCAUCGCCAUUCGAGGCUGGCAAUUGGCCCGUGUACGCCCGACCUGCCACGUGGUGCAAGAACGGAGAGAGCGAAAAGACCCGGUGAAACAUGUCAAUGUCUGCGUAGCACCUGCAGCUCAGGUUCUGGAGUACGUGGGGCACGGCUUUGUGAUCUUUUACCUCUUGUACAUCACCUUCGUGGUCUUCGCAGUGAUCCGUGUCAUCAGCGCCAUCUUCUUACGCGAAACCUUAGAGGCAGCCAACAACGAUGCAGAGAUGUUGGUGCAGGACCGGCUGCACAAGAAGUCGACCUAUGUUCGAAAGCUGGAAGGCAUUUUUGCCGCCUGCGACGAGAGUGGUGAUGGGGUCCUUACGGAGAACGAGUUGACUGAGUUGAUGAGAGACCCACGCGUCCAAGUCUAUCUCGAGAGCCUGGAGAUUGAUGUGCGAGAGAGCACUGCCCUGUUCCGUUUGCUGCAGAACAGCGAGGGAGUCAUUUGCUGCGACGACUUCAUCGAUGGGAUCCUGCGCUGUAAGGGCCCGGCGAGGGCCAUCGAUCAGAUCUUGCUGGCGAAUGAUGUCAAGCAGGUCUCGGAGCAAGUGAAGAAGCUCACCGGGCUCUUGAAUGACGCAGGUGUCAUUACUGGCGGGGCCUUCACCAAAAAACACGUGAAGCGGAACCUGUCCGAUGAGUUGGCGUUGCUUCCUUCGAUGCAUGCGACUCUGUCUGGGCGCUACAUUCUGACUUGA